GCAAACAGAUAAAAGAUGUUUUGUAAAGAGGCAUCGUCCAGUCUCCAGACCUUAAACAUAGCAAAGAGUCUCAGCUCUGAGUUCACUAAACCAUCAGCACUCAUCAACCCCCUCUCGGCAGGACAUCGUUACAAGCUGUGCCCUCGUCCAAACCUCAGAGGACGAUGUACGGUCACAGCCUCAAAGUUUGAUAUUGAUUGGAGAGCGAAAGAAAGAGUUAAGAAAAUCAAAGUAAAGGGAAUUAUAACGGCCAAACAAGGCUUAUUACCUUCCGUUGGCUUCACCGAUUUGCUUGGAGUUUCACUGCUUGUCGAGCUUAUUAGCGCCGAGACUGACCCCCGGACGCCGAUCAAGAAGGAUCCAGUGGAGGAUUACGCACAACGUGUAUUGAUUGAUGGACAUGAUGAUCAGUACCAAUGUGUGUUCGACAUGCCCAAAGACUUUGGAGCGGUUGGUGCCAUCAGAGUUGUAAACCUUGAGAGUAAAGAGAUAUUCAUCAAGGAAAUGAAACUUGAGGUACCCGACGGCCCCGUUACCUUUACAUUUAACUCGUGGGUGGCCCCUAAGUCCGAAGACCCAACCAAGCGGACAUUCUUCUCCAACAAGUCCUACUUGCCUCUCCAAACUCCUGAGCCUCUUAAACAGCUGCGAAAAGAGGAGCUGGAGACCCUGCAAGGCAAGAACCGUGAGCGUGAUGGUGAACUCAAAAAGUUUGAGCGCGUUUACGAUUAUGACGUGUACAACGAUGUGGGUGAUCCUGACAAAGAUCCAAAACUUGCCCGUCCCGUUAUGGGAGGCCUCUCUCAUCCAUACCCAAGGCGGUGCAAGACUGGUCGCAAACCAAGCCGCAAAUACCCCUCCAUUGAGACACGCAAAGGGGAUUUCUAUGUCCCUAGAGACGAGGAGUGGUCCACAGUCAAGGGCACUGCAUUCACGGGCACGACAAUCUUGGCGGCUCUUCCUGCUGUGUUCCCACAGAUUGAAGCUGCUCUGGUGGAUCCCAACAUGCCCUUCCCACACUUCAAGUCCAUAGAAGAUCUCUUUGAAGAAGGCAUCGAGCUUCCCAAGAAGGCUGGCCUUUUUCCUCUGAUCCCCAGACUUGUCAAAGCUGUUGCUGAAGCUGAUGAUAUUCUCCAGUUUGAUUCCCCUAUCCUCCUUGACAAGGAUAGAUUUUCAUGGAUCCGAGACGACGAGUUUGCUCGCCAGACACUUGCUGGCCUUAAUCCCCUUUGCAUUGGGCUAGUUCAAGAGUGGCCGUUGAAAAGCAAACUAGACCCUGCGGUUUAUGGUGAUCCCAACUCACUCAUUACAAGUGAGAUUGUGGAAAGAGAAAUCAAAGGAGUUAUGUCAUUUGAUGAGGCUCUGGAGAACAAGAGAUUGUUCAUGUUGGACUAUCAUGAUUUGCUUCUACCGUAUGUGAACAAAGUGAGAGAGUUGGAUGAUAGCACCUUAUAUGCUUCUCGAACACUAUUCUUCCUCAACGAUGAUAGCACAUUGAGACCUGUUGCCAUUGAGUUGACUCGUCCCCAAGAUGUAAACAGGCCCCAAUGGAGGCAGGUAUUCACGCCAGGAUAUGAUGCUACCUCCUGCUGGCUAUGGAGUCUUGCUAAGACUCACGCUAUUACUCAUGACGCUGGUUAUCACCAGCUUAUUUCCCACUGGCUGAGGACUCACUGCUGUAUGGAGCCAUACAUUAUAGCGGCAAACAGACAACUAAGUGCCAUGCAUCCUAUCUAUAGGCUUUUGCAUCCCCACUUCCGCUACACGAUGGAGAUCAACGCUCGUGGACGCCAAAGUCUCGUCAACGCAGGUGGAAUCAUUGAGUCUUGUUUCUGGCCCGGAAAGUAUUCAUUAGAGCUAAGUUCAGAUGUCUAUGACAAACUAUGGAGGUUCGACAGGGAAGGCUUACCUGCAGACCUAAUCAGCAGGGGUCUGGCUGUGGAAGAUGAGACGGCUGAACAUGGGGUUCGCUUGACGAUACCAGAUUACCCAUUUGCGACUGACGGUCUGAUGCUGUGGGAUGCACUUAAGGAAUGGGUAACAGACUAUGUGAAUCACUAUUAUCCAAAUGCGGAACAGGUCAAGUUGGAUGAGGAACUCCAAGGAUGGUGGAGUGAAGUGAGGAACAUAGGGCAUGGAGACAAGAAAAAUGAACCAUGGUGGCCUGUCCUCAAAACACAAGAUGACUUGAUUGAAGUGGUGACUACGAUUGCUUGGGUGGCUUCAGGUCACCAUGCAGCUGUAAACUUUGGACAGUACGGAUAUGGUGGAUACUUUCCCAACCGACCAACCACAUCAAGGAUAAAAAUGCCAGUGGAAGAACCGACAGAGGAAGAGCUAAAAGAGUUCUAUGAGGAUCCAGAGAAGACCAUGCUUAAGACAUUCCCGUCGAAGAAGCAGGCGACGAAAUUGAUGUUGACUUUGGAUCUUCUAUCGACACAUUCACCAGAUGAAGAAUACCUAGGAGAAAACGCAGAAGCGUCUUGGGCCCACGAACCUGUCAUCUAUGCUGCAUAUGAACGUUUCAAAGGCAAGCUCCAAUACCUAGAAGGAGUGAUAGAUGAGAGGAACGUGGAUGUUGCUCUAAAGAAUCGAGCUGGAGCAGGUGUUGUUAAGUACGAGCUUUUGAAGCCUAUCUCUGAACCAGGCCUUACCGGGAUGGGUGUUCCCAACAGUGUGUCUAUUUGAUCUAAUGCAUUUUGAUCAAAUACAUUGGAAGUUAUCAUCUAUCUUUCUACCAAGUUAUUAUCAUCUAAGUUUCUUGCUUUUGUAAUAAAUAAUGAAUCUCAACCUGCUCAAGGGGUACUUUGUGCUGGGCAGCGGUGAAGGAGUUUGAUGUUGUCAUUUCUUUUGGGAAUAAGACUUAAUGUGUGGUUAUCUUAUGUU